GAGAGGGAAAGAGAGAGAGAGAGACACACACACGCAGGCGCGGUGCGCGACGGGACCCCCUAUAACUGCUAUUGGACGGCGCGCGCACCUUUUUAACCCUAGCGGCGCCUGACGGCGCAACACGGAAGUGAAAUGGCGGCGGCGGCGGCAGCGCCGGGAGAUGAGGGUGGUAGCGGGUCCCAGUCCGCCGCUCACCGGAGGUUGCGAAUCCUUUCGGGCCACCUGCGCGGCGCUUCGGAGGCCGACCUGUCACCUAGCCAGUGCCGAGGGCGAGAAACCGCGACGCCACCAGGAUCUCAGUCGGGCACCUUCCCCAAGAGACGGCAAGAAAUUUUAAAAUGGAAUGGAUGGGGAUACAAUGAUUCAAAAUUCAUUUUCAAUAAGAAGGGGCAAGGAGAAUUCACCGGAAAAAGGUACCGAAUAGGCGGACUGAUAUUCCCACUUUUGAAAGAUUGGGUAGAGAAAAACCUUGGUGGAAGUAUGGAACAUAAAACUACUCCUAAAGCAUCCUUAAAUAUUAGUGAUGUACCUCCCUCCAUUGCAAGUGAAGAAUUUCUCCAAGACCUCCAAAAUGCUAAAAUCUCAUAUACACAGGAAGCGGAAUCUAGACUUUUUAGAGCCCAUGGUCAUUGCCUACAUGAGAUUUUUUUGCUCAGGGAAGGAAUGUUUAAGCGGGUUCCUGAUGUAGUGGUAUGGCCAGAAUGCCAUGAUGAUGUAGUUAAAAUUGUGGAAAUAGCCUGCAAGCAUAAUAUUUGUAUUAUACCUUAUGGUGGAGGCACAAGCGUUACCGGCGCACUUGAGUGUCCUCCUGAUGAAAAAAGAACAAUUGUUUCACUAGACACUUCACAAAUGAACAGGAUCCACUGGAUAGAUGAGAAAAAUUUAACUGCUCACGUUGAUGCUGGCAUUGUUGGCCAAGACUUGGAAAAACAGCUUGGUGAAAGUGGUUAUUGUACAGGCCAUGAACCAGAUUCGAUGGAAUUUAGUACUCUUGGAGGAUGGGUAGCCACCCGAGCAUCAGGCAUGAAGAAAAAUGUUUAUGGAAAUAUUGAAGAUCUGGUGGUUCAUAUAAAAAUGGUAACACCCAAAGGCGUAAUCCAAAAAAGCUGUCAAGGACCACGAAUGUCAACAGGACCUGAUAUUCAUCAUUUCAUUUUAGGAUCUGAAGGAAUCCUUGGAGUGAUAACAGAAGUUACAGUAAAAAUUCGACCAGUCCCUGAAUACCAAAAGUAUGGCUCUGUAGUAUUUCCAAACUUUGAGAAAGGGGUGGCCUGUUUAAGAGAAGUAGCAAAGCAGCGAUGUGCUCCUGCAUCCAUUCGCCUGAUGGACAAUGUACAGUUUCAGUUUGGUCAUGCCCUUAAACCACAGGUUGCAUCUAUUUUUACUUCACUACUGGAUGGACUGAAAAAAUUUUACAUCACGAAGUUCAAAGGAUUUGAUCCCAAUGUAUUAUGUGUUGCUACGUUGGUCUUUGAAGGUGACAGAGAGAAAGUCCUCCAACACGAAAAGCAGGUUUAUGAUAUUGCUGCAAAAUUUGGUGGUCUUGCAGCUGGAGAAGACAAUGGACAGAGAGGCUAUAUGAUGACAUUUAUCAUUGCUUAUCUUAGGGAUCUUGGCAUGGAUUAUUGUAUAAUAGGAGAAUCAUUUGAAACAUCCGUUCCUUGGGAUAGGGUUCUCGAUCUGUGCAAAAAUGUAAAGGAAAGAAUAACAAGAGAAUGCAAAGAAAAAGGUGUUCAGUUCCCACCAUUUGCUACCUGUCGGGUGACGCAGAUGUAUGAUGCCGGUGCAUGUGUCUACUUCUAUUUGGGCUUUAACUACAGAGGAAUUAGUGACCCUAUUCGGGUUUAUGAAGAAAUAGAGACAGCAGCUAGAGAUGAAAUCCUUGCUAAUGGAGGAAGUUUGUCACAUCAUCAUGGAGUGGGCAAGUUACGAAAACACUGGCUAAAAGAAUGUGUAUCUGACGUUGGCUUUGGGAUGCUGAAAUCCAUCAAACAAUUUGUGGACCCCAAUAACAUAUUUGGGAAUGGAAGCCUUUUAUAACCUCGUUACUCUCCAUGCUGAAGUACCGGAAAGAAUAAUGUUCGACUCUCAUAGCUUUUCCCAGUAUCCAAAAAUAGCAUGGACUUAGUUUCAAAAGCUUUUCCUUCCCUGCAAAUUUUAUUGCUUCUUUCAGUUGCAGAGUGAAGACUGUUCACAUGCAAUCAGUUCAAAGUAUAGUUAGAUCCAUUCAAUUGAUAACCUAUUUCGAUGGCUUUCCUGCUGUAGGUGCUAAAAUGUUUGAGAGUAACCCUGAUGUGGUUGGAGACUUUCUUGAUAGAAAAGCACUUUGGGGAAGCAGAUGAAAAAUAGGAGUAUAUUUAACUGAAGUACGAUUUUCUAUUGGAACAGUUCAAGCAGAUAGAAGCAAUGCCAAGCUGCAAUUGGAGAAAAAAAGGUUGAUAUUUGGAUAGGAGACAAAACAUAUUUUCCUUUCUGAUACUAUUUUAAAAAAUUAAAUGUUUUUAAAUCCUCUUAUCAACCUUACUGAGCCAGAAAAGUAAACCUUUCUUUCUUGAUAUUGGAAUUCAUUGUUACUUAAAAUGUCAAACUUCAUAAUUGGUCUUCAUUUUAUUUUAGAGGGCAACUUUUCCUAAGAAUAAAAAUAGUGCUAUUAGUUCUAAUCCUCCAAUAGGAAAAAAAAAAUGAAAUUUCAGCCUUUACAAAUCAAAGCAAUGUUUAAGUUGUUUACCCACAAAAACAAAAUACCAAGCUUCUAAAAGUAUCCAUGAGCAUUUAAAUUAAAUGUAUAAUAUAAAAUUUCACGGGAUAGUUAAAACAAUGCAAUUGGUCUAGAAUUUUAUUCUGUCAAUGACAGAACAGAAUCUCCUGAGCAAACAUUCCUUUUGGAAGAAAAGUUGAGGGAAAAGGAUAUUAUUUUAUGCUAAUCCAAGAGCCGCUCCUUAGAGUUUCUUAUUUUUACUAAGCAUGCCUAAAUCAAUCUGGCUUUAUUGGGACUAAACUGUUUACAUGUUACACCCAUCCAAAUCCAUUAUUAUGAAAUAAGAUUUAAUUGUAAAGAAGCAUAUAUAAACAAAAGUACUUGACACAUUUUUUUAGCUUUUAUUCUGCUUUCAUAAUAAAAUUGAAGUUUAAUAUACAAAUUUAACUAUGUAGCUAAACUCAGAAACAUGAGUGCUAUCUGGUCCAAGACAAAAAUCAACAUAUGUUCAAAUCUUAAAGAUUGCUAUAGCAGAUGGCUUAAACAUACUUUUAAAAUAGGCACCUAUACAUUACUAUAUUGUAAUACUGAUGGUUACAAAAUAGGCAGCCAUUUUUCUAAAUUUAAUCCACAGAAAUAAAAUUGUAUUCAGCAGAGAUUGGCUAUUUGGAUCAUUCCAUCUAGUUGCCCAUUGGUCUCAGUUAAGAUUUUGUCAGCCAAAGAGAGAGGUGCUCAAAUACUCCGUGACUCCAUCUCGCUAAAGUCCCAAUUCUUCAAAGUAGAUUCUAAUGAAGAUGCAGGGGACUAUAGAGAAGGGAAGUACAAAACUGUUUGUCAGCAGGUGGAAUCCAACUGGAUUCCAGUUAAAGACGGUCACAUAUGUGCAUUCAUUUUUACUUCUGAGUUAGGGUGAGGUAUCCUUAUCAUUACUAGUUUAGUUUCUUACUCGUACAGGGAUACAUGGAGGAUUUGGAUUUUGUUUUUGUAGAGUACCAAAUAUAAACCAAAUGUGUGUUACAGGGAAUAAAGUUGCCUUUUUGAUAGAAUUAAAGCAGAAGUUUAAUUUCCUGGUUGUCUUCUCUUGUGACCAAAUUUAUGCUAUCCCCCAAAUUUCUAGUCUCACUUAAGGUGCUCAAUUGGUUUAUUUUACUGGUGGGAUUUUCUUAAUCCUCUCUUUCCUUAGGUUGUACAGAAUUGUGUACUUUGCAGAUAUGUUCCAUAUCUUUAUAGAUAAAAAGGAGUGUUCAAAUCAUGAAGUAUAAUCUUGUGUCAUGUGGGUACAGUCCUAUCAAAGUAAUUGUGAAGUCACAAAGGUAGACAGGCUUUUGGAGAAAGACAUAAUGCAGAUAACUGUGAACAAUGUAAAUUGCUUUACUUAUGCCUAUUUUGCUAAACCUUUUUUAAUUGUUAAAUCGUUUGGCAUAUUAGCAAGAGUUACUUGUAAAAUAUGCACUAGCUGAAUGCUAAUUUUGAAAAGUGAUGUUCAUUAAAAAAUCAGAAAUACACCAAAUAAAGAA